UUGAAACUCACUGGAAACUUCAGUGGCGCCGCGACUUGCCAGUUUCACUGCUGGAACUUUUCUUUGCAGGAGGAGAAGAGAAGGGGUGCAAGCGCCCCUCUUUUGCGCUCUUUCUUCCCCUCCUCCUUCUCCUCUCCAGUUCGCCUUCCCCCACUUGGAGCGGGCAGCUGCGGGCUGGCCACCGCGCGCCUUCCUAAGUGCUCGCCGCCGCAGCCGGGUGACGCGCCAGGCUCCCCGGGAGCCGCUCGCUCCGCGUCCGGGCAGCCGAGGGGAGAGGAGCCCGCGCCUCGAGCCCCCGAGCCGCCGCGGCUUCUCGCCUUUCCCGGCCACCCGCCCCCUGCCCCGGGCCCGCGUAUGAAUCUCCUGGACCCCUUCAUGAAGAUGACCGACGAGCAGGAGAAGGGCCUGUCCGGCGCCCCCAGCCCCACCAUGUCAGAGGACUCGGCGGGCUCGCCCUGCCCUUCGGGCUCCGGCUCGGACACCGAGAACACGCGGCCCCAGGAGAACACGUUCUCCAAGGGCGAGCCGGACCUGAAGAAGGAGAGCGAGGAGGACAAGUUCCCCGUGUGCAUCCGCGAGGCGGUCAGCCAGGUGCUCAAGGGCUACGACUGGACGCUGGUGCCCAUGCCGGUGCGCGUCAACGGCUCGAGCAAGAACAAGCCGCACGUCAAGCGGCCCAUGAACGCCUUCAUGGUGUGGGCGCAGGCGGCGCGCAGGAAGCUCGCCGACCAGUACCCGCACCUGCACAACGCCGAGCUCAGCAAGACGCUGGGCAAGCUCUGGAGACUGCUGAACGAGAGUGAGAAGCGGCCCUUCGUGGAGGAGGCGGAGCGGCUGCGCGUGCAGCACAAGAAGGACCACCCGGAUUACAAGUACCAGCCGAGGCGGAGGAAGUCGGUGAAGAACGGCCAGGCGGAGGCCGAGGAGGCCACCGAGCAGACGCACAUCUCCCCCAACGCCAUCUUCAAGGCGCUGCAGGCCGACUCGCCGCACUCGUCCUCGGGCAUGAGCGAGGUGCACUCCCCGGGCGGCGAGCACUCGGGGCAAUCCCAGGGCCCCCCGACGCCACCCACCACCCCCAAAACCGACGUGCAGCCGGGCAAGGCUGACCUGAAACGAGAGGGGCGCCCCCUGCCAGAGGGGGGCCGACAGCCCCCCAUCGACUUCCGCGACGUGGACAUCGGCGAGCUGAGCAGCGACGUCAUCUCCAACAUCGAGACCUUCGACGUCAACGAAUUCGACCAGUACCUGCCGCCCAACGGCCACCCGGGGGUGCCGGCCACGCACGGCCAGGUCACCUACACGGGCAGCUACGGCAUCAGCAGCACGGCGGCGACCCCGACGGGCGCGGGCCACGUGUGGAUGUCCAAGCAGCAGGCGCCGCCCCCGCCGCAGCAGCCCCCAAGGUCUUCGAGUUCGGUUUCUUACGGAUUUUCCAAAGGUCCCCCGGGGCCGAGAGCUGCCGGGCCACCGAUUUGCAGCAAGGUGGUCACGCGUCUGGAUACCUAA